AAGUCGAAGCACCAGCGCAUUAAAGGAGGCGACUUUGAAAAGAAAACUGCACCUCACGCCUCAACUUUGAGCUCAUCCAUUCCUCACUCAUACUCCUAUACCUCAUACAACCUACAAGCAAAGUGCUUUACAUCAUGAAAGUUUCAUCCGUCAUCUUCUCCAUCUCCGCCUUUGUCCUUUCCGCUUUGGCGCAAACCACGGAAACUCUUUCAUAUGACAACAAUUAUGAUGACGCCUCCCUCUCCCUUUCAAGCGUUGCUUGCUCAGACGGUACGAAUGGGCUUGAGACAAAGGGAUAUACAACUCUCGGAUCACUUCCCACGUUCCCUAACGUUGGCGGUGUCUACACCGUGACGGGCUACAAUUCUGCUGCAUGCGGAUCCUGCUAUAAUGUCACUUACGGAACUAAAUCCGUUGCUAUCCUCGCGGUGGACGUAUCCACAAACGGCUUCACCGUUUCAGAGACGGCGAUGAACACCUUGACUGGUAAUCUGGCUGUGGAGUUGGGAAGGGUGGAUGUUACGGCAACCCAAGUGAAUGCAUCAUUUUGUGGCUUGUAGAUGCAUCCUGUUGGAAAUGUUGGGACUUCGGACUUGGCACAGUUCCAGUGGAUUUGAA